GUGAGGCUUUGCAAGAGUCACGUUCUCCACAGUUCCUGCAGUCUGCAUCUCAAAAGUCUCUCUGCAGUGUCUCAGAACAAUUCAGACUAGACCAUUUUAGCUUAAAUGACUGUUAACUGACUUGGUUGAAUUUUAUCAGAUGUACCAGGAUUCUUUUAAACAAUGAGAAUGAUGUUUUAUUGUUUUAUGGUCAUUUGCUCCUCAUUCAGAUGAUUAAAGCAAGAAGAGCAAUGAAGAGGAUCCAGCCUUUCACUAUCGGGACUAAGUUAUCUGUCCCCUCCGAGACAAAAUGUUUGGACUAUGUGGGCAUCAUCCUUCCUGUACCGGGUCUGGACUGCUGUGAACUGAGAAAUGACUCAAACAAUGACAAUUCUCCCUUCCAUCAGGAGAGAGUGUCCACAUCUAUACCAGUGGAGGGACUUUCAGACGAUAUUAAAGAGGAAGAUGACAGGGAUUCUGUGUCCCCUUCAACUUCUUCCAGAUCUAUCAGGAAGAUUGCUAUGUGUGCAAACGCUGAAAGCCAGAUCAACUGCCAUGUCACUGACUUUAAUGUGACAAGCUAUGAGACGAACAAGCCAAGUACUUCUACUGAAAAGCUGUUUCUAGUUGAGGAAAGACUGAGUGACAAGUCCAAUGCACAGCUGGAGACUGAUCCAUGGACUAAAGGAAGGAAGAUAAGGAACCUUCAUUACGAUUACACCAUGCCAGCUUUCCCACGUGAUCAACCAGAGGACGCGGCUCACAGCCAAAGGAGAGACCUCAAGGACAUUGAGAACUCUCUCAUCCAACUGACAACAAGUCUGGACUUGAUGCAGAAAGACCUCAUCAGAACACGUCAGAUGCUGUAGAUUUAGGAUUGGAAAUGUUUAGAACAAGACAAAGCCCGGGGGACCACGUUGACAAAUCGUGGUUGAAGUUGAGGUCACUCCUGAGGGACUAUCAUCAAGAUCUCAUGUUGGCUCUAGACGUCUCAUCGUUUUACCAACAAGCUGACAGCAUCAUCGGCAGCAUUAAUUGGAAGAGGAACCGCGUAUUGGCAGGCGAGAUCCAAAAAAGCGACAAAGAGACCAGAGAAAUUGCCUGUCAGAUCAACAUGCUGAAUGAGUCUGCGUCUCGCCUGUCAACUCUCCACCCAACCCUGGCCAGAAGAGUUACAUGCAAACAGGCCGAGGUUAAGGAGAACUGGGCACUUCUCCAGGAGUUUCUCCGGAACCAGAAGACAGAUGUGUCUUCCAAACGCCCGUCAACUUUACCCGCUGAACCUCUUACCACAUGCCCUGAUUCACAGAGCUUUGCUAGAAAUGAGGGUCACAGCAUAAUGGGAAAAGACGUCAAAGAGGAGCAAAACCGUCUCCGAGGAUUUGAGUGCUCUCAAGGCCUGUGGGCCCAUAGGAUGUGGAGUCCAGUUGAGGAAUGUUCAGUAGGGAGUCGAGGCUCACUGUCGGAGAGCAGCUGUUCCAAGCUGGACAGCAUCCCUGAAAAACAGGACAGGAAGAGCUGUGUGGGCCAGAUGGCUCAAACAACCCCUGUUCUCUCUCAAGAAUGUGUUAUACCCAGUAAGCUGUUGAAGGAGUCGACGACAUCCACUGGAAUGAAUGAAGAGAAUGACUGCUCAAAGCAAGAUCACAAAAUAGAGGAGCUCCUAAGCCAGGUGGAGGUCCUUUGGGAUGCUCUGCAGACGAAAUACGGAGAGAACAAUGAGACUGAACCAGCGGAAAAAGAACAAACCGGAGAUAAAGCCGCACAGAUGGUAUCAGAACUCACGCUUUCAAACCAUCUCCCGGAAAAUGUAGAAGGCGGCAGUUCAGGAAUGCUUGAAAAGUUCCUUGAACUUCUGGAUCCCAGUGGAUAUCACAAAAAGAGUCAGGAUGUUCCUCUGAAUAGGCAAGAAAUGGCUGAGGAUGCAGAAAUGUCACUGGAUCUUCUGAGUCAUCAAACUGACCAAGAAAGAUCCCAGAAACAGGACCAGACCACUGAUGAACUUCAAAGCUCGCUAUCCACUCUAACACUGCGGAUAAACCAGCACCUCUGCCGCUGUGCUGAGCUCAGUAUGGACCUCCUGGACAUAGAAACAGAUAUGGCUGUGCUUUGUGACUCUGACCUCAGUGGUCUGGAGGGGCUACAGGAGCAGCAGGAUGACCUAGAGGCUCAUUAUAAAAUCAUUGAGUCAGAGGUGAGAGAGAUGGAGAGACUAGCCAGUCAGCUACAGGUUCCUUCCCCAGAGGAGAGAGACCCUCUCAGGGAAGAAAUUCAGGCAAUCCUGCAGGCUUGGGAGGAAGUAGGGCGCAACAUGGCUGAGAACAGAUGCCGCCUGGAGAAGUUUCACCAGAUUCAGGACUACUUCGAAAACUAUCUUGCCAUGAUUACAUGGACAGAGAACACCAGAUCCUGCAUCCUUGCUGGCAGCUCUGCUUGGAGAGAGAGUGAAAUUACAGAGAUUGAUCGCUGCAUUGAAACAAAGCUGGAUGAGUUUAGCAAACUGGCUGCAGCUGGUCAAAUGCUCAUGCAAGAUGAGAGUCAGUUUAAAGACAUUAUCAAGGAGAGAACAGAUGAGUUGCAAAGCAUGCUGGGAUGGAUCCAGGUGAACUGGCAUGCUCAAAGAGAGCAGCUUAAAAGAAACAAGGAAGGGAGACCAGAGUCAACAAAUGAUCCUGUUCAACAGCAGGCUAUGCCUUUCAAACAUCCUUCUGAUAGUCUGUGCAUUAUAAACAGAGAGGUCAAAGGAAGUGCUACUGAAACACCGUCAUCUCAAAACAACUUCGAGCAACAGAGUGGGAGACAUGAUUUGUCCAGUGUUGUUAGUCAGGAGUCCUGCCUUUCAAAGACAUCGCUAGGCUCUAGCAUCUGUCUCAUUUUGACCUUUGAUGACCAGUCUUCAGGCAUCAACCAAGUGACAAAGCAAUGGUCACCCAACAAUAAUGACAUACAUGAAAAGUCAACAAGCAGCAUUCAGGCGGAAAGACAACAAUCACAAGACCAAAACUCAAUGCAAAUGCAACAAUCACAAGAAAUGCUUCAGGUGAAAUGGCCAAAUGAAUCGGUCAUGAGUAAAGAGACCAAACAAAAUUCAUCUUGUGGGAAUCUUGAACAAUUGCAAAACAAAAACCAUGGAGAACUAGUCCAGUCACUAAGCAAACUGAAAGUGUCCAGCAUUUUGUCCCCAUGUAACACUGAAUCUUCAUUUUGCAACCACCUAACAGAGAAUCUGCAGUCCGUCAACAACCAAUCUAAUCUGCAAUUAUCACCAGACACUGAUCAGGCACAAAACCUAUCAGAGAUAUCAGUCGUGUAUCAAGCUCAAAACCCUCAGUCACCAAGCUACAAACAAGACUUGAUGCAAAAUGCGGCACACAACUAUCUAGAAACAAGCCAAAACCAAAGCGACGACCACCUGCGCCAUGAAGUGACAGCUGAAGUCACUCAUAGAGUGUUCACGUAUUUACAUGUCUCGGACAGUUACAGAUCUGCAGGACGAGUCUUGGAGGUCGUAUCCCCACCACUUGGAAAAGUGCAAGACAUGACAACCUCUGCAUUGGGUUCCUCCUUAGUUCAAUCACCCUCUUCCUUCUCGCAAAAUGUCACAGCUGAAGGAGGAAUGGUUUACAAUCACAACAGAUUCAAGGCAAGCUCUUUGUUCAAGAUGAAAGAGCCGAUUAGAAGUAAGCCGGAUGAGCAGAGAAGAAACUCUAUGCUUGGCAAUGUAGGAUUGGAAAGUUCUGGCAAAUCUUCAAGCAUUUUCAGGUGGAGGUGUAACACUUGGCCAGAAGGAGAACGGAGAGCGAAAGAAAGUCAAUCAAACUCCAAUCUUCAGGUUUUCAUUAAAAAAAACAUGUUACCGGUGGAUUCUGUCAUUGAUAACAAAUCUAAUCCUUUUCCAGAAGACAAUUUGCCUAAUGCUGUCAAGACUUCAAGUGGACCAGUUAAAAACAUCUGCUCUUAUUUGUCUCUAGGAUCCACUCUUAGCUUCAGUCUUCCCAAGCGCUUUCACAACAGUGUCUCAGACGUGGAAAAUAAAGAGGAGAUUGAACCUAUACAGAUUUAUGAUGACUCAAACAAUCAAACAUUACCCUCAACUCGAACUCCACAAUUAGAACUGGAGGUGGAACCAGUGAUUCAUUUAAGACAAACUGAAAUAAACCCGGUAGAUAUGGAAAAUUUGGAAGAUACAGAAGAACCUGAGGUUGAGACCCAACAAGUUUAUGAAAGCACAGAACCUGUCUUGAGGGUUUUCACAUUGGCUGAAUAUGAAGGACCUGAUAAUGAUUCCUCCAGCCAUCACAAAGCCUCUCCUCCAGUGAUCAAUAGUUCCCCGUCUGUCAGUCAAUGCAGUCCUUCUUCAUCCUGUGGUCACAAUUGCUUUAGUGUUUACACCAAAAUAAAAGACCUAAACGGCCACUUAUACUACUCAUCCAAAUACAUGAAGAUUAACUCCUCAGAAAACUUGUUCCCUAAAGGCCAGGGCUCCCGUAAGAGUGGCCGUAUCGUAAACUGUGGUGUGAGAGACUGUGCAGUGUGUUUCAGUGAUACAGUGAAAGAAACAAGAGUAGACUGUGCAGAGAAACCAGACAUCAGCAUGGAGGAGCUUCUUCAGCCAGGGCACUGGCUCUUCCAGCAGGAGGAAGAAGAACUGGAAGAUAUCUGGAGAGGAAGAGUGGGUAAUCUCACUUCAAACUGUGCUGUGGAAACAAAUACAGAUGAAGAAACAGGGCUAUCAAUCAAAACCAGCAGGGGACAGGUAGCACACCCACUCCAUGGAUGAGAUGGUUAUUUUGGCCAUAUAACCCCGUCACAUCAUUGGCAGGAUGGAUCAUUUCACGGAUGGGAUUGUUUUGGACAUCUCACCAUUUAUCUGCUGUGCAUUUACUAUGCUGUAUGUGUAUUAUUGUACUUCAGUUGUAUUCUUCUCUAUAUAAACAUGGUAAAUUUAGUACAGAACUGUCAUUCUUAAGGUUGAUCCAAGACUAUGUAAUAUAGCCUACAAUGCAGACACAAUAGACGUUUGAAAUUACAUUGCCCAACUCCAGAUGGCGCCCUUGUCUCGCUUAUGUAGCAUUAGGUAAACAGCAGAAGGGUCAACCCACGUACAAUAAAAAGGCAUCUCUGUGCACACCCUAUUUACAGCUAACAACAGAAUCAUCAGACCCAGAGACAUCAUCCUGCUGAUUCACUGAGGAAACUGUCAUGAGAAAAGGCAUAUGAAUGACACUGCUUUAUAACCAGACUCUAUUGUAAUAAGCUGUACAUCUGAGACAACAGUUUGUAAAUCACUAUCAUGGAGUGUAUAUGCCAUUGAAGGGAUUAUUAAUGUGUUUGUGUGCCCAUAAAGUGCUGUUUUGUUAUUCUCACACUUACAUCUUUCAGUAUUUUGCACAAAAUAAAACUGAAACCGCACAAGUGUCA